AUGCUGAUCACUGUGUACUGUGUGCGUAGGGACCUCACCGAGGUAACCUUUUCCCUCCAGGUCAACCCUGACUUUGAGCUCUCAAACUUCAGAGUCCUCUGUGAGCUUGAGUCUGGUGUGCCUGCUGAGGAGGCCCAGAUCGUCUACAUGGAACAGCUCCUCACAGAUGACCACUGUUCUCUGGGCUCUUAUGGACUCAAAGAUGGUGAUAUGGUUGUGCUACUUCAGAAGGAUACUGUGGGACCUCGAACUCCAGGAAGGACCCCAAACCAUCCUCGAUCAGAUUUCACUGGGUCUGGGUCGGCAGUGCCUGGAACUUCAAGUUCUCGACAUCCGCAUCAGCAUCAACACCAUCAUCACCACCAUCAACGUAUGCCAUCAACACAGCAAGCACACGGAUUGGCCUCUGGAGAGAAUAUGGCCUUUGCUCAGGAUCUCGACAGCCCUGCCCUGAUUCGAAGCAUGCUGCUUUCCAACCCCCAUGAUCUGUCCCUGUUGAAGGAACGGAAUCCUGCUUUGGCUGAAGCUCUGCUUAGUGGAAACCUCGAGACAUUUUCCCAGGUCCUGAUGGAGCAGCAGAGAGAAAGGGCCUUAAGAGAGCAAGAGAUGUUCCGUCUUUACUCUGCUGACCCAUUCGAUCAGGAAACGCAGGCUAGAAUAGAAGAAGAAAUCCGACAGCAGAAUAUUGAAGAAAAUAUGAACAUAGCUAUGGAAGAGGCUCCGGAGAGUUUUGGACAAGUCGCUAUGCUCUAUAUUAACUGCAAAGUGAAUGGGCAUCCUUUAAAGGCUUUUGUUGACUCCGGUGCCCAGAUGACUAUCAUGAGCCAGGCUUGUGCUGAGAGAUGUAAUAUCAUGAGACUAGUGGAUCGAAGGUGGGCUGGGGUUGCUAAGGGAGUAGGCACACAAAGGAUUAUGGGCCGUGUUCAUCUGGCUCAGAUUCAGAUUGAAGGUGAUUUCUUACAGUGUUCUUUCUCUAUACUUGAAGAGCAGCCCAUGGAUAUCCUUCUAGGGCUUGAUAUGCUCAGGAGGCACCAGUGUUCCAUUGACCUAAAGAAAAAUGUGCUGGUGAUUGGCACUACCGGCUCACAGACUCACUUCCUUCCUGAAGGAGAGCUGCCCUUGUGUGCUAAACUGUUGAGUGGAACUGUACAAGAAGAAUCUUCAGACAGGGAAGUAGCAGGUAAUAUCAAACAUCCUGUCAAGGGUCCAGGACGUAAAAAGCAUUGA